ACCGAGCAAUCCAACAUGGCGUCGUAGGGACAUUGUUAUUGUUCUGUCUCUUCUUCCACCUCUCUCAGUACAACAAAAACUGAGCAGAUACACGACCGAGCGUGUUCACGUGGGCAUGAGAGCAACGUCUUGCGAUAAUGCUAAGAUCCACCGGCUUCUUCCGGGGGCUUGACUGCCCGUUUUACGCAGAAUACAGCGAGGAAAAAGGCAUCAAAAAUGGGUGUAACAGACCGUACUGUCACUUCAGACACAGCUCGCAGCGACGGGCGUCCUACGGAGCUCCGGCAGAUGUUAAAAAGCAAAGAGACCUCCACUCCGCACAGAAAGAACAAGGUUAUGAUCCCUUCAACCCAGAAGUGGUGAGGCCCCAGGAGCAGAAGAAUGGAGAGCCGGCUCCUUCAGGAGACCUCGAUGGUGCGCUGGACCUCGUCAACAAGGCCAUUGAGGAGGUCCGCAGCGAGGUGGAGAGGGAGAAGAGGAAGCUCUCUCGCAUUGGGGAUGAACCGUACCAACCAAGCAAGAGUAAAAAGUUGUCUUCGUCUGAUGUUGUUAAGAGAAAAAAACCGCCAUCACAUAUGGCUUAUGACCCUGGGAGUUAUCAGAUGACAUCAGGGGGGUAUAAUCCCACCCCUGGCUGCAGCAAGUAUACUUUGGAUUUCGACAACCAGGGGAAAAAUAGCAACUCUAUGGAAUAUGUUCCUGCUUUGGUGAGAAAGCCUUCAUCUCGGACAAACACACACCAACUCCCUUCUCCUCCCCAUAGUCCAAAGUACUCAACCAGCACAUCGUCCCCCAAGUGUAAAUACACUCUGGACAAUUUAAAACCAACUACAGAUAUGGAGUAUGACCCAAUGUCCAACUAUUCGUCAGGAAUUGCAGCGAAAAGCAAAAGGCCCGAGAAAACACAAGCUGUUAAGAUGGGGCAAAGAAAGACACACAAACUAUCAGAAAUGUCAGACGAGGAGUAUGUUGUAGCUGUCAAAAAGCCCCGGCCGAGUAUAGACUCUAAAAAAUACAUUAUAUCUGACUCUGAGGAGGAGAGCUCCGGCACAGAGUAUCGACCCACGUCGCUUAGCAAUCUCCAGCAGAGAAAAGGCAACAGUGGGUCACUUUGGAUCACUGGUGGGAAGCAGAGAAAAGAGAGAACUGAAAGUAUGCUAAAUGCAUUGACACAGAGGAACAAAGAGGACUCCGACUCAGAUGUCCAGGAAUUUAUUAUACAAACAGACAGUUUCGAGAAAAAGAAGGUGGCUAGUCAAACUAGUCACGAGAAAAUUGGCAAAUCUGAGAAAGUGCAAAAACUCGUAAAGGAAGCUAACAAAAAGAUUGGUAGUAAGAGUAGCAGUAGCAGCAGUAAAGACAAAGGGUCAAUAAAGAACUCAAACCAGGACUCUGCAAAGAAGGAGAACAAGAGUCAGGAAAAAAGAGACGAUAGGAAAAACAUCAUUAAGGUUAAAACACCUAAUAAAGUUCAGAAGGAAGGGAAAGAGGAAAUGAGAAGCGAUGGUAAGAUCAAAGCUGUGGAAAAAGUCAAAACUGAUUCCUGCAAAAGGGAUAAAGAUACAGAAAAUGGUGCAAGGGAAAGCAAAAAACCCAAGAUAUCAGAGAAGGAAAAGGAAUACAACAAGUAUAAGGACCGCCAACAGAAAAAUGGUAAACUUGAUAGCAGUAAAAGAGAAAAUGAUACAAAGAAAAUGAAUAAAAGCAGUUCUAUUGGUGGGAGCAGUGGUAGUCACAGUAAAGGGACUUCAGCAAUAAAUAAAGAUAGGCUGAAGCAGAACAGCAGCUCAUCAAAUGGGAAAAAACCCAAAGAGAAACAGCCGACUCAUAGCCACGCUGAUCUGUUUGGAGAUGAGAGUCCAGAUGAGGUUGAAGCAAUUGUAGUGGAUGAUGAUGAUGACGAUUAUGACGACGAUGAGGAGGAAGUGCUUGUGAGGAAAUCGGCAGAUGCUUUGAAAAGGGGACGCCUGAACAAGAGAAAAGCGUCAGAGAUGACGCCUUCUUCCUCUGAAGAUGAAGGGGACCAGGGUGGGGAGGACGAGGUGGACGAUGUUGAAAUGGACUUCUCUAGUUUCCAGGAGGAUCUGGACUUUGACUCAGAUCCCAUGGAGGAGUGUUUACGGAUCUUUAAUGAAUCCAAGGAUGUGAAGACGGAAGACAAGGGAAGGCAGGCUAAACAGCCCUACAGGGAUUCAGACGAGGAAGGGGACACAGAGAGCACUUUAACCACUCUUUUUCCCGGUCAAAAGAAGAGAGUCUCCCAUUUUGGUGCCAAAACUGACGCACCUGUUGCUCGACCAAACAAGAGACUCUCAGCCCAGGCGGUCUGCUACCAGCGUAUGCAGAUGGCGCAGCAGCAAGCCGCUCAGCUCUCUGCUUCAGUGAAAGCUUCCCGACAAAGCUCCAUUCCCAGCGUCUCUGGAGAGAAGAAGAGAAUAGCCCACCGUACCUUCCCACCGACAACUUCCUCCAAAACAAGUCCUGCAGAUGUUAGACCAGCUGCCAGUCGAGUGUUAUCCCCCAGCCAGACCCAUCAAGUGAAGCCCCAAACCACCGCGGGCAUCUUAACCAAGACCACGUCCACCAUCAUGCAGAAGAGGGUGGCACACACCCCCACCAUGAAGAGUAGUUCUAUGAAGCGCCCCAUCAUCCCCAUUGAGUUUGGGGCCAAAGUUCCAAACAACGUCCGGCAGCGCUACCUCAACACUUUCAUAGACGAAUGUGUCAAAUUUUGCCGACCAAAGGGUGCUGCUUUCCAAAUGGCGCUUGACGAGGAGAAGCUGGUGUAUGAUCGCAGCAACAGUAAGAGCAUCUACCUCAACAUAGCUGUCAACACUCUGAAGAAGCUACGCGGCAAGAGCAGCUCCGGUCCAUCACCGGCGGUCACCAAGGACCCGGGGUCAGUUAACUCCAGGAGGGUUCUGUCCCACGAGGACCUUCUCGGAGGCCGUCUUGCUGCGAAAACUAGCUUCACCAUCAACAGGAUGGGUAAACAGCAGGAAGAGAAACUCAUUGGAGUCACACUGUACAGGAAGCUGCAGGCGUACUUGAUGAGUGAGGAGCAGCUCCAGGAGAACGGAUACCCGAGGACAAGCCCAGAGGCUUCCGGAAAAGCCAUCAUCUGCAACCUCCCAGAGAAGAAGGCUGUUACAGACCCCUUCAACAAGAUAUGCUGUCGAUGCGGAGCCGAGUAUAAGAUCAAUGCCCACGGCAACUGUGUACGGAAAGAGGAGUGUUGCUUUCACUGGGGGCGACUGCGCAGACACAAAGUCUCUGGAGGCUGGGAGACAAACUACAGCUGCUGCGCUGCAGGUGUCGGUGCUCCAGGUUGCCAAGUUUGCAAGCAACACGUUCAGGACGGGCGUAAAGAGUCAUUUGACGGCUACGUGACAACGUUUAGUAAAUCUCUGCCACCAGACGGAAAUGGAGGAGUGUUCGCUUUGGACUGUGAGAUGUGUUACACAAGGCACGGCCUGGAUCUGACGAGGGUGACCGUCAUCGACUCUGAGAUGAAAGUCAUCUACGACACAUUUGUCAGACCUGAAGCCAAAGUGGUCGACUACAACACACGAUUUUCAGGUGUGACGGAGGAGGACUUGGAGAACGCCACCAUCACUCUGAGAGAUGUCCAGGCCGUGCUGCUCAGCAUGUUCAGUGCAGAGUCCAUCCUCAUCGGACACAGUCUGGAGAGCGACCUGCUCGCUCUGAAGCUGAUCCACAGUACAGUAGUAGACACGGCCAUUGUGUUCCCUCACCGCCUCGGUGCACCCUUCAAACGAGCCCUGAGGAACCUCAUGGCCGACCACCUCAAACGCAUCAUCCAGGACAACGUUAACGGCCACGACUCCAGUGAAGAUGCGUCAGCCUGCUUGGAGCUGAUGCUGUGGAGGAUCAAGGAGGAUGCCAAGGUCAAAAGAUGACCUUUGACCCCUCUGCUCCACGUUCCUCAGUUCCACUUCCUGCCUUCAUGUCGGUGUCGGGGAAGCGGAGAGUCCAGGAGUCCUGCACCUGCUCUCGGAGAGGUCAGAGUGUCGGGGGGGGGGGGGGUCUUUCAACACAGUUUAAAGUUUGUUGUUGCUGCUUAUCGUACUGAAUAAGAGAACUGCCAGUCCCUUUUCAAAGCAAUAGGAGCCCAAAUUAACAGUGUUUAUUUGCUUAUUUGUAUUUCUUUUUCUAAAUAAUGUUAAUUGAAAUGUAUUUCUGUUUUAUUUUGAGCCAUGUCUCUUUUAAGGCCUCAAAUCAUUAAUUAAUAAAACGUUUUCCUUAAAAGAACACCUGAAAAUGCCAGGGCAUUGUCCGCCGAACAAAAAUGGUAAAUAUAAUAUUAUGCCAGGCUAUCUUCAGCCUAAAUUGCACUAUAGAAAUGCUCUUUUUGUAUAGGGCCCAAGUCUAUGAGUACCUCAUUUGUGUUAUAAAAACAUUCACUUAAUGAAUUACAUGUUACCUGUUCUUGGUUACACUUAAGUGCGUUCAUGUCUGGGUCUGUCCAACAUUGCUAUGUAAAUGCACUUGUUACUCACAACUUUUUUGUUUAUCAAGCUCAUUCUGUUGGAUGGCUCUGAAUCCUAUAAUACUUGAUAAUAUAAACUCUCAGCAGAAGUGUAAAAUCUCUGCUUACUACCUAUGUGGUAUAGUUGGCGAAUUACAUCCAUGCUAUAUUCUCAGUCAUGUGCACUGCAUGAAACAAAGCCACGGGAAUCAUUGUGACAGCAGGUAUAAACUUAUUCCUCCAUAAACACAUACAUUAGAUUCAGUGUUGUUGAAUUAGACGUGGGUUAUUAACUGCAGACACUUUUCUUUCAUUUAGCGAGUACCAGCUAACCUGUGCUGUUUUAUGUUGAAAAUGACUGAAAAAAAUACUCGAGUGCUGUAAAUACGCUACGUUUCCUUUUGUAUUUGUGUUGUUUAUCUUUUUCUAUUAAAAGAUAUUAGUUAAAAGAAGAUGUUGCCCUGUCUUUGCAUCAACAGCUAGUAGAUGUUCUCCAGUACUGCACACGUUUGUAAUUUAUUACAAAUAUUUCCAUUUUCUGUCACGCUAUAUUUCUUCUCCACUACACUUCCAAAUAAAAUGACUUUUUUGAAAGCA